UUCUUGGUGUUCGUAUAUAACGUAAACAGUGCGAUCCAAACACGCCUCAGUCUACGUUCCGCUUCGUACAGAGCCAGUUUAUCGUGCUCACUGUAACAAUGGCUCUAUUUCGCGCUAUAAUUAUUUUGGUCUGCUUAGGCUUAAUAGAGGCUAAAUUGUUGAAGUUAACAUGUAAGGAGAUUCAUCAGUUUGUCGACGGUCACAACUCGCGGCGACUGCAGGUGGCUAAGGGGGAGUUGAAGGACCAGCCCGCGGCCUCAGAAAUGAAGUCAGUGGUGUGGGAUAAAGAAUUAGCAACAAAGGCAGCCAGGUGGGCUUCACGCAACAAGUUUGAACAUAACCCAGACAAAACAAUCCCUUCGGGUAGGUUCAAGACGGGUGAGAAUCUGUACUUGUUCUCGACGACCGGCAAGGGCUACGUGUUCAAUCCGAACCCCAGCAUGGUCAAUUGGUUCGAGGAGCACCACCAGUGGACCUACAAUGAUCUGAAGACCAGUGACUUCAGGACUCCUAUGCCUAUUGGACACUAUACUCAGAUGGUGUGGUCUAACUCUACAUACAUCGGCUGCGGGGUGUCUGAGUUCCAGCAGAGCAAUUGGAUCAAGUACCUCGUCGUCUGUAACUAUGGACCUGCGGGCAAUAUCAUAGGUCACACGCCGUAUCCAGCGGGCAGAGGCACGGGGCAAUUGACUUGCGGCGCUAAGAACUGUAACCGACCUUAUGGAGGGUGCUAACGAUACCUCGAGUUAUUCUCAAGUGAUAUAUUUAUUAUACAGUUUGUUCGUAAUAAAAAUGACGGUGUGGAUCUCAGAUGAAUUUUUUCGCAGUUUAGACUUGAAGUCCAUUCGCAGGUAAUUUACAUUUACACGCUUCAUUUUCUGUAAUAUGUAGAUUACGUAAGCAUGAGCGGAGCUGGAGCGGGGGGGAUUCAUUACCUUCCCCUGGGCGGCAGGUUGGGUCAUGUGAAGCCACUUCAAUUUUAUCUAACUCUCUAUGGAGAUAUGUUGUCUGCGACCUGUUGAUCCCCCCCUCCAGAAUACAGAACUUUAUUAAUAACAUAUCGUUACAAGUCAAAUACAAAAAGAUAUACAGUGUCAAUAGGCAAAAACCCCGAUAUACCAAGGGUAUCUACACCCCCCGUGACAUAAAAGUUGGAUCCGCUGCUGAUCGUAAGAGAACCAACCAGAGUAUUUUGACAGCCAUCAUCCACACCGUUGUUUACGAAAUAAGUAUUAUAUUAGAUACUAGAAUUUUAAAAUUCUGUUUAACCAAAGCAAAGUUUAUUUAUUACUAUAUCAAUAGAUAGCUACAUAUCAGAUAAUUAUUAUGUAAGUACUUAAUUAUUUUAGGCGUCUUAUCUCUACCCAAAAAUAACGAAACUUUGUAAAAUGUACGAAUAUUCGUUUUUCUCCCAGUCCGUAAAUAGUUCUAAAAUUGUUGUAGUUAGUUGUAGUUACACUUCACAUUACUUAUAUAAAACAUAAAAAUAAUGACAUGGCAAACACUUUCUAUAAGUUUUGUGUGUUAAUUGGUAGUAAGUACAAGUGAAGUAAAUACAUUUUGUUGUGUAAAAUAGAUGACAAAAAUUAAUAAAAGAACUGAUAAUAUAUUAUUA